GAUAUCAUGGCUAUGGUUAAAAUGAAUGUCCUCCAUUGGCAUAUCACAGAUGACGAAUCGUUUCCCUUUGUCUCAACCACCUAUCCAGAACUGUCAGACAAGGGUGCAUAUCAUCCACAAAAGUGUACAUAUAAUGAAAUAGAAGUGUCUGAUUUAUUGGAAUACGCUCGUCUCCGUGGAGUCCGGAUCAUUCCAGAGUUUGAUACUCCAG